AUGGCGUCAUUGACAAUGGUUGACUUAGUGGGUUGCGCAUCCACUUCUUCUAAUGCGUCAUUAGAUAGGUACUUGUGGCGGAAAACAAUGCACAGCUCAGUUUCCAAAAGGCUUCAUGGAGUCCGCGGUGCUGGAAGAUUGGUAACUUGCCGUUGCCGUCUAGAUUCUGCUCGGUGCAGAAGCAUUUCCAUAAAGAGCGCCGACACUCGGCCUAAUGGAACUUCAGAAGUCAUGUUGAAUGUAAAAAGAGGUCAAAUUUCACUGGCGAAGGUGUUCGAAGUGGUAGCUGAUGACCUACUGAUCCUUAACCAAAAUCUAAAAUCAAUUGUUGGAGCAGAGAACCCGGUAUUAAUGUCAGCAGCUGAGCAGAUAUUUGGUGCUGGUGGGAAGAGAAUGCGACCAGCUCUAGUUUUCCUGGUGUCAAGGGCUACAGCUCAGAUGUCCGGUUUAAAGGAACUUACUACGAAUCAUCGACGUCUGGCAGAGAUCAUCGAGAUGAUCCAUACAGCAAGCCUAAUACAUGAUGAUGUGUUGGAUGAAAGCGACUUAAGAAGGGGGAAGGAAACAGUUCAUCAACUGUAUGGUACAAGGGUAGCAGUACUUGCUGGGGAUUUCAUGUUUGCACAGUCGUCAUGGUACUUAGCAAAUCUUGAAAACCUUGAAGUCAUCAAACUGAUCAGCCAGGUGAUCAAAGAUUUUGCUAGUGGCGAAAUAAAGCAAGCAUCGAGCCUGUUCGACUGUGACGUCAAGCUUGAAGAAUACCUGAUCAAGAGCUACUACAAGACGGCGUCUUUAGUCGCAGCUAGCUCCAAAGGAUCCGCCAUUUUCAGCGGAGUAGACAGCAGUGUGUCCGAGAGCAUGUUCGAGUACGGUAAAAACCUUGGCCUGUCGUUCCAGGUUGUUGAUGACAUACUCGAUUUCACCCAGUCAGCAGAGCAGCUAGGGAAGCCAGCUGGGAGUGACCUGGCAAAGGGGAACUUGACUGCACCGGUCAUAUUCGCUCUGGAGAAAGAGCCUAAACUUAGGGAUAUCAUCGAGUCUGAAUUCGUCGAGGAAGGCUCUCUCCAGCAUGCCAUCGACUUAGUCCAGAGAUGUGGAGGAAUCCAGAGAGCACAGGAACUGGCCAAGGAGCAAGCUGUUACUGCGAUCCAGAACCUCCAGUGCCUUCCUCAAGGAUCCUUUCGUUCUGCACUCGAGGAGAUGGUUCUGUACAAUCUCGAGAGGAUUGAGUAA